AUGGAUUUCCAAAAAAGAUUAAGAUAAACAAUCCAUUUAAAAUAAAAGAUAAAUAAUCUUAAUAUGGUAAGUCUUGAUUUUCAUUUUUAGCAAGAUCCCUAGCAGAUAUCAACAUUAGUGGUACCAUAAUCAGGCUUGCUUCUGAGGAUAAUGAUCCUGAAACGACCCUAAGGAUAAGUAAAAGCUGCUAAAAUGCUAGAAGAUGGCCUUCCUUUGACUAAACAAGAAAAUCCUGAGAAAGACUGA